AUCAGCACUUAUUCUUUCCUCAGCUCCACUGCCAUGUCUCUUCAGGUUCUCGUCUUGUUCGCUGUGGUGGCAGUUGCCCUUGGGAGCACAGUCCCAUCAUACAAUACUCCUGCGCCCUCCUACAGUGCCCCCGCCCCGAGCUACAGAGCGCCUUCCCCCUCCUACAAUGCACCUGCUCCUUCUGGGCCUGCUCAGUACGACUUCAACUACGCGGUGAGAGACGACUACUCAGGAAACGACUACAAUCACCAGGAAAAUCGUAAUGGCUACGAUACUCAGGGGAGCUUACUACGUUCUCCUUCCCGACGGCCGUGUGCAGAGGGUUGCCUACACCGUGAACGGCGACUCCGGAUACGUGGCUGAAGUUACCUACGAGGGAGAGGCCCAAUACCCUGCUCACCAAC